CAAAAUCAUGGAGACCCCGAAAGUAAUCCUGGUAAACUCGGACACUUCGGUUAGUGCACUGGCACCAAGUGAAACGGGUAGUGUAACUCCAAAUAAGUCCGAUGGUGACGAGCUAAAUACUUCUAGACCAUCACUGAAAAGGCGGCAACAUAAAUUUCAAGACAUGAGUUCACUCAAAAAAUAUCAAAUUAUACUGAAGCUUGGCCAAGGUACAUUUGGUGUAGUUCAGAAGGCACGGGACUUAAAAACAAAUAAUAUAGUUGCCCUUAAACAGUUGUUAAAUCAUUCAGCAAAAGAAGGAUUCCCGAUAACUGCGAUGAGAGAAAUCACAAUCUUGAAGAAAUUGCACCAUAAGAAUAUAUUGGAGUUGGUUGACAUGGUGUAUGAAGCCCCUAAAGUGUCUAUUCCGCUGGACGUGAUACAUCAAAGAGGUUGUUUCUACACAGUGGCACCAUACAUGUGUUCCGAUUUGGUAGGACUCUUGAAGAAUCCAGCAAUCAAAUUGGAAGUGCCACAUAUCAAAUGUUUUAUGAAACAGCUUCUACAAGGAAUUCAAUAUAUACAUGAGCAAAAAUAUUUACAUCGUGAUAUAAAAGCUGCCAAUAUAUUGGUAGAUUAUGAUGGGGUAUUGAAGAUUGCCGAUUUUGGUUUGGCUAGAGUAUAUCACGGUCAUGUUCCUGUACUUGGACAUGGGCCAGGGGGUGGAGACAGAGCAUACACAGGUCUUGUAGUCACCCGAUGGUACAGACCCCCAGAACUUUUAUUGGGAGAGCGUAAAUACACCACUGCAGUAGAUUUAUGGGGGAUUGGCUGUGUAUUUGCAGAAUUAUUUACCCAUAAGCCAAUUCUUGUUGGGAAGAGUGAUUCACAUCAAGCACAGAUUAUUUUUGAACUCUUAGGAGCUCCAGACACUUUAACUUGGCCCGAAGCUGUGAACUUGCCGAAUAAAGCAGAUUUCAGUAUUGGUAUCACUUGUAAGAGAACACUUGAAUCAAGAUUUCUGUCUCUUAUAAGCGAGGAUGGGUUGGAUUUACUUUCUGGACUCCUUCAAUUGAAUCCAUAUAAAAGACUCAACGCUUUAGAUGCGUUGGAACAUCCAUACUUCAAAAAUGAACCAUUGCCAAUGGAACCAAAUGAAUUGCCAACUUUUGAAGAAAGUCAUGAAAUAGAUGCUGAAAGAUACAAAAAAAUGAGAGAAGGCGGAGUAGCAGGAAUACCAAGUGACUUUGAAGUAUCAAACACGUCUGUGGUACCAUCAACAGGACCCAGACAUGGAAAACCAUACCCACCGACUAUUGCUACUGGUGGACUUCCUCAAAAGCCACUUUAUAAAUCUAGCUUCGCAGGUAAUGGUGCCACUAAGAAUGUCUCUGGCUGGGGAAAUGGAAGGGCUACAAAUGGAAUUUCUAGACCGAAUCAUUUCGAAGACAACUACAGAUCGUCUUCAUCAACACCGCCACCUCCACAUCCAUCAGUAGCACAUUCAGGUGAUAGACCGGGUACAAAUUAUGUUCCACUCAAUAGACUGGGUCCUAGUAGACGUCGUCCUGAUUCUCCCGAAACCACUCAAAGAAGAGUGGAAUCAACAAGAGGCGGGGUAUUCAUGCAAAAGAAAAGACAAGAUAUGUAUAAACCAGUUGAUACCAAGAGAAGAAAAGUUAUACAAGAAAAUAAAAUUGAGGGGGCAGAUAAAUCCAAGGAAAAACUUGAUUCAGAUGUGGUUCAUAAUGAUUAAAGACUUAAAUCCGUAGAUUGUGAAGAGAAUGAAGACAUUUUCAAUACGUCCAAUAUAUAGAAAAGAGAGGAUAGUACUAAUAAUAAUACAAUAUUUUUAAUGAACUUGUAGAAUACACAAAUGAUAAUUGGCCAAAAGUUUUAAAGCCCUG